UCCGGUUUUACCCCUUUCCCUCCAAAUUCCUCUCUAUCAGUAUCUGAAACUCAGAAAUCCGAAAAACGAUCGAGGUUGGAGUAAAUGGCGCAAGCGGCGAGGCUAAACCUUCGAAUGCAAAGGGAGCUGAAGCUUCUCCUCUCCGACCCGCCUCACGGCGCCUCUUUCCCUUCUCUCUCGUCUUCCUCCUCGCCCUCUCUCUCCUCCAUCGACGCCCAAAUUGAAGGCCCAGAAGGUACUGUGUAUGCUAACGGGAUAUUUAAGCUCAAAAUUCAAAUUCCUGAAAGGUAUCCUUUUCAGCCUCCAGUUGUGACGUUCGUCACACCAAUAUAUCAUCCGAAUAUCGACAAUGGAGGGCGAAUUUGCUUGGAUAUUCUUAAUCUUCCUCCAAAGGGUGCGUGGCAGCCGUCUUUGAAUAUUUCAACUGUUCUAACUAGCAUUGGAUUGUUGUUAAGUGAACCAAACCCUGAUGAUGGCUUAAUGCAUGAUGCGAGUGAGGAGUACAAGUACAAUAGACAAGCUUUUAAUCAGAAGGCGAGAUCCAUGACGGAAAAGUUUGCUAGGGCACAAGCAAGUGAAGAUGCUGGUUCUGUUUCUCACCAAGAAAUUCAAACUCGAAUUAAUCCUGACAUGGAAAAACUGCAGGUUGAGAAUAAGGGACCAGAUGCUUCAAAAUCUAAUGCAAUUCAGUGCUUUCUAAGCCAAAAUAGAUUAUGUGGAGUUAGCAAAAAGUUGUCUCUGGAUUCUUCUGGAUCAAAGCAGCAUAGAAUUAGUACUGAGAGAGUAACUGGGUUUCCGCCUGUUCCUUGUCUCUCUGACAAUCAGCUUGAAGCUGGAGAGUUGAAGUACUAUGGAGACACUACUAAGGAAGUAAAUGAAAUCCCUGCUGCUCAUUAUCUCUUAGACAAUCAUAUUGAAGCUGGAGGGUCAAAGCAGAAGAGAGAUUCUGCUAAGGGAGUUAUUGAAGCUGGAGGAUUGAACAAAAAGGCAGUAGGAUUAUCCAGUGAGUAUGAGAAGUUAUGGGGGACUGAGCUGAAUAUGUCACCAGAAUUUUCAGGUUCAUCUGAUGCAAGAAAUUCCAAUAAUAAGGAUGAUCUGAUGCCAGAUCAAUGUGCAUCCUAUCUGGAGGCUCAAAGCAGCUCUGCUGAUCCCCUUACUCGAGAUAGCAGCAAUACGGAGAAACAUGCCAAUCCCAGUGGUAGUGAAUUUGGAAGUUUGAAGCGGAAGCAGUCACUACGGUAUGAUGAUUCUGAACAGAAGAGUGGCAAGCAACUGCAUACCAUCCCCCAUCCAUCUGUACCCCAUCAGUUUCCUUCCUCUGCUUCAUGUCAUAGUCUCCUAUUGCCAGAAGGCCCGGAAACCACUGGUCGUGGCUGCAUAGACACUGUUGAUAGAACCUUAAACAAAUUUUCCACCACAAAGCACAAAAAGUUAGGUUUAACUGGCAGGAAAAUGUCUUUGGGAUCAUUGGGUUCAUCUCAGAGAAAUAACAAGGAGAAUUUAAUUUCUCUCGACAACGUUGCUGAUUCAAAGGCUAAUUUUCAUUCUAAACCCUCACCCUUGCAUGCAAUGUCGGAAGCUGGUGAUUUUGAUGGGCAUGUGGGAAAGUAUUCUUCAAAGGUAGUUCAAGAGAAGCUGGGUGUGAAGCUGCAAAGGCAACCUUUGCAACCUAUGGUUCAUGUUCAAGAAAGUAACAAUCAUCAUUUUCAGUUGGAUAAGAAGCAGCAGCCUAAACAAGACCAUGAGGAAAAACUAGAAACAAAUAUUAAGGAACAUGAAAUAGGAUUACCAAUAUCUGAAGCACUGAUUGUAUUGGAUAGUGAUGAUAGUGAAGACGAAAGGAGCUUGCCUACGAGGUCUAGAUUGUCACUUGCACGAAAAUGUUUGCCUGGGAAGCGAAAAGCUAAAGCAUAGAAUUUUCCAUUGUGUGGAUGGUUAAGAAGCAUAAGCAGUACAUGGAUCCAUAAUCUGUGGGGGUGAAAUAUUUUGUUGACUAAUUGCUGCAUCAAACAUUAUGACAGCAAGCUUUUAACAUCAUUGCAGCUGUAUGCCCUGGAUAACCAGAUUUUCAGGCUUAUCUGGUUAGUCUUUCAAUGUUUUACUUGUUCCAUGCUACUCAUGCUUCUUAUCCAUUCAAUAUUGAGUUAAACUUUUUGUUCAUUUUGUGUUUAAGCCAACAGGAAGGAAUAUAUUUCGCAUAUAAAGUUGAUAUUUUGAGUGGUUUCCUUUGAAUUAAGUAUUCACUUCUCUAAAUCUCAAAUCAUGGCCAUGGCUACUUUUUGUAAAAAAAUUUCAGUGUUACUGGAAAGCUUUGACUACCCAAGACUAGUAACUACUUCUAAGUUUAAA